AUGGAGAGCCAAGUCCUUUCCAGCCUGAGACCCCAGAGUCUCCUAGAGUCUCCUAGUCUGGACAAGAUUCUUCAUCCGCCGACGAAAGACGAGCAAAUUGUCAACACAGCUUUGCUUCUAUUUCUUAAUGCUCUGACUAUCCAUUUCCGCGAAAUCACUUCAACCUGGACAUUGCAUCGAAAGGCAUUCAUCGCAAAGUUUAAGCAAGCAGAGUAUGAAGCCCGAACAGAUGGAUAUCUCCAUGACUACUCUGGAAACCCCAAGAUUCUUCUGGAAGUGAAGCCAGUCAAGCGCAAGGAGAAACAGACCUUUAUUCAAAUGCAGGAGGGCGCGCAGAUGGUUGCUUGGAUUGCGAGUGAUGAUCAUGCUGCUCAGAAGGCGAAUAAGACGUAA